AUGUCAGCAACGGUUGUUCUUGUUGGUACGUUCGAUACGAAAGGUGUUGAAUAUGAAUUUGUUCGAAAACAAAUUGAUGAUAUUGGCACAUGUUCCGUAUUUCUUAUUGAUAUUGGUCUUCAAUCAAAUAGUAAAACAUUACCAGUCGCCGAUAUUUCAUCAAUAUCAAUUAUUAAAGCUGCUGGAGGUGAUUAUAAAGCAUUAGAAGAACAUAAAAUAGAAAAAACUGAAGCAUUUAAUUUAAUGACAAAAGGUCUUACAUUAAAGUUAAAUGAACUUUAUCAAUCAAAUCGUUUACAUGGUCUUCUUGCAUUGGGUGGUUCAUGUGGUACAGCAAUUGUAUCUGAAGCUAUACAACAAUCAAAAAUAUUACCUAUUGGUUUACCUAAAUUAAUUGUAUCAACUGUAGCUGCUUCAAGUAAUGCUCAUACAGCUGUUGGUUUAAGUGAUGUUACUUUAAUGCAUUCUGUUACUGAUAUUAGUGGUGGAGUUAAUCGUAUUAAUGAACCUAUUUUAGCUAAUGCAGCUGUUGCUAUUGCUGCCAUGGCUUCACGUUAUUAUUCAUCCAUGACUCAAUCGAAAGAAGUAACAUUUGAUGAUACACCUUUAAUUGCUCUUACAAUGUUUGGUGUUACAACACCAUGUGUAAUGGAAGCCAAAAAACAACUAGAAGAACUCGGCUAUAAUACAGUAAUUUUUCAUGCUACAGGUAUAGGUGGUGAAGCUAUGGAAUAUUUAAUUGAAUCUGGUUUGAUUAAUGGUGUACUUGAUAUUACGACAACAGAAUUAGCUGAUGAACUUGUAGGUGGUAUACUUUCGGCAGGUCCAGAACGAUUAGAAAUUGCUGGACGAAAAGGUUUACCUCAAGUCAUUUCACUUGGAGCACUUGAUAUGGUUAAUUUCGGUCCUCGUCAUACAGUACCAAAACAAUUUACUGAGAAUCGUUUGUUGUAUGAACAUAAUGCUCAAGUAACAUUAAUGAGAACAACAAGUGAUGAAUGUACUCAACUAGGCAAGAUUAUUGCUCAGAAACUCAAUCAAAAUCGUGGAUCAAAUCGAGUAUGUGUAUUUAUUCCACAUGGUGGAUUUUCAUUAAUAUCAGUUGAUGGUAGUCCAUUUUGUGAUAAACAAGCAGAUACAUGUCUUAUUGAAGCAUUACGUAAACAUGCGGAUACAACAAAAGUUGAAAUUAUUGAACGAAAUGAAGCAAUCAAUGAUGCAUCAUUUGCACAUGCUAUGGUUCAGGCAUUACAUGCUCAAAUACAAUACAAACCAGUUCCUAAACUUCAUACUGAUAUAGUUCAGAAACAAAUGACAAAACCACGAAAUCGUCGUGAAUGUCUAGAUCGAUUGAAAUCUGUUAUAGAAGAAGGUCGAAUUAUAAUUGGUUCAGGUGCAGGAAUUGGUUUGUCUGCAAAAUGUAUUGAAGAAGGUGGUGCCGAUUUACUUAUAAUUUAUAAUUCAGGAAGAUUUCGUAUGGCUGGUAGAGGUUCAUGCGCUGGUCUUCUCUCAUAUAGUGAUGCUAAUGCUAUUGUUCUUGAAAUGGCCGGUGAAGUAUUACCUAUUGUAAAACAUACACCGGUUCUUGCUGGUGUUUGUGGUACUGAUCCAUUUCGAUUGAUGCCUCAAUUUUUGAAACAAAUUAAAGAAGUUGGCUUUAUUGGUAUACAAAAUUUUCCAACUGUUGGUCUCAUUGAUGGUCGUUUUCGACAAAGUCUUGAAGAAACUGGCAUGGCUUAUGAACAAGAAGUUGAAAUGAUUCGACAAGCUCAUUUAAUUGGUUUAGUUACUGCACCAUAUGUAUUCAACGAAGAGGAAGCUCGAAAAAUGACAGAAGCUGGAGCAGAUAUUAUUGUUGCACAUAUGGGUGUUACCACUAAAGGUGCUAUUGGAGCAAAAUCUUCAUUAACAUUAGAUGAAUGUGUUCAACUUAUUCAAGCUAUUCAUGAUGUUUGUAUUAAAAUUAAUCCUCAAGUAAUUGUUCUUUGUCAUGGUGGUCCAUUAGCUGAACCAGAUGAUGUACAGUAUAUUCUUGCACGAACACAUGGUAUUAAAGGUUUCUUUGGAGCAUCGAGCAUGGAACGAUUACCAACAGAAAUUGCACUUGUUGAAAAUACAAAACGGUUUAAACAAUUAAAACUUACAAACAAGGACUAA